AUGACCAUCUACGAUCCAAUAGGACUUAUUUCACAUUAUUUGAUGUUCCUGAAAGUGCUUUUGCAAGACAUAUGGCGGUCAUCUGUAGGAUGGGACGACGCAAUAGAAGAAACACAUAACAACAAGUGGCGCACAUGGCUCAAACUUCUUCCACAAGUAGAAAAUUUGAAAAUUCCAAGGUGCUAUUUACCAACCACGAUCGCAGGCGAUUUAAUAGAUGUCCAACUACAUACUUUUGUAGAUGCUAGCGAGUUGGGAAUGUCUGCGGUAGUUUACCUUCGAAUUGAAAGAGGGGCCAGAAUAGAAUGUUCAUUGGUCGGCUCAAAAACACGUGUCGCUCCUAUAAAAUAUCUCACGAUUCCAAGGUUAGAACUACAAGCAGCGGUAAUCGGUGCAAGGCUAGCUGAUUCUAUUGCCGGUAGUCUUUCCAUAAAGAUCUCCCGUCGAUUUUUCUGGAGUGACUCUCGAAACGUACUGUCCUGGCUCCGUGCGGAUCAUCGAAGAUACAGUCAAUUCGUUGCGGCUCGUGUGAGUGAAGUUCUUGAACUGACGGAGCUCAAAGACUGGCGGUGGGUUCCAACAAAACAAAAUGUUGCUGACGAAGGAACCAAAUGGCAACGGCAACCGAGUCUAACAAUUGAUAGUAGGUGGUUCAAUGCACCAACGUUUCUUCACCUACCGGAGACAGAAUGGGUCGUGACGCCGCUUGAAUUGAGAGUUACAGAGGAGGAGCUUCGUGUUACUGUUCAUACCCACAUCAAAGGCAAAGAUCCGAUCUUGUUGGCGAAGGACUUCUCGUCCUGGAGACGCUUAAUUCGCGUUACAGCUUACGUGCUGCGCUUCAUAAAUAAUGUUCAUCGCAACCAGUUGACUAAAACCUCUAGCUACCUGUCUGGCGAUGAGAUAAAGCGCGCGGAAGAGUAUCAUUUCAGGCAAGCACAGAAAGAUGCGUAUCCAGCAGAAUUGUUUAUACUAAAAAUAGAGAAGGAAGAACAAGCAAAAAUUAGAAAAAUUCCUAGGAAUAGUUCAAUUUACGGAUUGAAUGCAGUUUUGGACCACAGUGGACUAAUAAGAAUGAAAGGAAGAACUGGGGCGUGUCCCUAUCUGGAUGCAGAGGCUAUUAGUCCAAUUAUUCUCCCAUGGGAUCAUCAUAUAACCAAACUAGCUGUAAUUGACUUCCACGAAAAAUAUCAUCACCAGAAUCAGGAAGCGGUUAUCAACGAGGUCAAGCAACGGUUCUGUAUUCCACGACUAAGAAGACUCUACGGCCAGAUUCGAUCGAGCUGUCAACGUUGCAAGAUACGUGAUGCAAACCCGCAACCUCCAGCGAUGGCGGACCUACCUCCUUGCAGAUUAGCAGCGUACGAUCGGCCCUUCAUACAUACAGGUGUCGACUAUUUCGGUCCGAUGGAAGUAACAGUGGGACGAAGGGUAGAAAAAAGGCGGGGUGUCCUGCUAACGUGUCUUACUAUCCGAGCAGUACACCUGGAAAUAGCUAGCUCUCUCAACACAAGCUCCUGUAUUAUGGCUUUGAGAAACUUCGCCGUACGACGUGGAAUGCCUGCUGCAUUCUACAGCGAUCGAGGAACAAAUUUCAUUGGUAGUGAUCGGGAAUUAAAACGGCUUAUACAUGGUAUCGAUCAAACCCUCAUGGCAAAAGAGUUUACAACACCACAGACUACAUGGCACUUCAAUCCACCGGCGGCUCCCCAUAUGGGGGGGAGCUGGGAACGGCUGAUACGAUCGAUAAAGCGAAACCUAUCGGAGAUAAUGAAGGCCAGACGCCCAACUGAUGAAGAAUUACGGAAUGCACUGCUGGAAAUCGAAGGUAUUCUGAAUUCGCGCCCUCUGACGCACGUACCUGUGGAUAACGAAUCAGCACCAGCACUUACACCUAACCACUUCCUGUUAGGAUCCUCAGAUGGAUCUAAACCGUUGACAAUCUUGAACGAUAGUUCGAUUUCAUUACGACGUGGGUGGCAAACAUCGCAGGUCAUUGCUAAUCAAUUCUGGAAGAGAUGGCUUCGUGACUACUUACCCGAAAUAACGCGGCGCUCCAAAUGGUUUGAUAAAGUAAAACCAAUUGAAAUAGGCGACAUUGUUAUGAUCGUGGAUGCUGAUCAUCCCAGGAACUGCUGGCCCAAAGGACGAGUCAUUAAUACAGUCAACAAGGAUGGGCAGGUUCGAAGAGCUACGAUACAAACGGAACGAGGUAUUUAUGAACGACCAGCUGUUAAAUUGGCAGUUCUUGACGUAGGGUGCGUUGCGGAGUAG